CGGAACUGCAGACCGUGUUUCCGGCCCCCUGCGCUCUUUGCUCCCUGAUUCGCUCGUCACAGACGGUUAAAGCAAGAGAAAUGAUUGGACGAGCAUGGCCCAAACCGCCAUAGCCUCCCACUUCGGCCUCACCGGCGCUCACAAGCAUGAGGAGGGCUGAGCCACCACCAGCAAAACAUUCCUCAGGAUGUUGCUGUUCUCUUCUGCCCGUCCUCCUCCUCCUCCUUCUCUAAACAUAUUCCAUGUCCGGAGCAGCCGUGCCGUCACCUUUUACACCCCAUAAUCUGUCCUUCUAAACUUACUUCAUCAACCUCCUCGUUCCGUGACUGACAUCAUGGUCGUCCUUGGCGGACUUGAAUUUGUCGUCGGUGGCUACCUUAUCCAUCGCUACCACAAGAACAAGAACGAGAAGAAGAAGCUGGUCGAGGAAGCAAACCAACGUCGACACCAUACGUUCCCCGGGCCGAAACCUCAGUCAUAUCCUUCCUAUCCGCAAGCCCAACAGCCCGUACCACAGCAAAAGUAUGCCUGCUACGCCCCUCAACCACAACUUCGACCAUACACGGCUCAGCCUAUUCCUGAAAGUCAGCCAUAUCCUCCACGCCCGCAGCCUUAUCCUCAGGCUCAACCCUCGUUUCAACAUCAAAUGCAGCCUCAACCUCAGAUGCAACCUCAGAUGCAACCUCAGAUGCAACCUCUAAGAAGACAAGACUCGUUCGCCACACUCUCGAACAUGCCCGUCGCGAACGGCUCACCACCACAGGACGCGUCUCCCGCCCUUCCGCCUCGACGGCCGAUGCAGCCUCAGCAAGCACUCCAACCCCAGCCUCAGUUUGUUCCACAAGGCUACGCGCCAGUCAACUACCCAUAUUACAACACAGGCUUCAGCGCAUCGUACCCCUCCUUCGAUCCCUCGUCGACCGCACCAGUGGCACAGCCGACCCAACAGUCAUCAGGAGGGCACACGGUAGAUGAUAAUUGGGAGACCUAUGGGCCACAGUCACCACACGUGCACUUCGCCGUGAUGACCCUCCGCCACCCUAUCGACCUUGAUUAUAUUCGGUAUAGUUCUAGGAUAUAUGAGGAUACGUGGGGCUUUGAAUGCAGGCAUUUGAAGAUGUUUUCUUUUGGUGACCUUUGGUCUAAAUCAGGAUGGUACGGACAUUCUUUGAUAAAACGCUUUAAUUGGACAUGCACUGUUACUCUUCCUCGGCAUAUCCAUUGCCUUGGGUAUCUACUCCUAACACCUCCCCGUUCCCCUUCUGUUAAACGGUGUCGCAAGUUCACUACCAUGCUCAACGUCAAGUCGACCGGAUGGGAGUACAUAUGUGGGGCAAAUUUAAAUGAGGAUGUUCUGGAGGAAGAUGAUACCAGCAGUUACCCAAACAGAAUUCCCACAUUUCAUGCUAUGAGCAGGAGUAGAGAUGUUACAGCGGAGUAUAUUUAUGUUGAGUAUGUAAUGGCCGACUUCAAAGUUAUAAAGGACGCCGGGAUCGACCCUAGAGGAAAGAUUGCAAUGGCAAAUUACGGUGAUAUUUAUCGAGGGACGGAAGUCAAGAAUACCCAGGAUAAUAGCAUGGUUGGGUUGAUUGUCUUCACCGGUUCAUUAGAUGACGGCGAGGCUACCGGGGAGAACGGUUAUGUGGCGUAUCCAGGAAUUGACAAUUCUUGGAUGGUCCAGCGAGAAACCCUUCCUCAAUCCCGCGAGGCAGCUGAGCCUCCACCCCCGAUUCACCCCAAGGCAACCAUGGGUGAUGCACUCCCUCUCCUCACGGCUCUAGAAGGCAACGGCGUAACUGCCAAAGAAGCAAAUCGGAGUGGCUGGACUGGAGGUUUUACGCCAGCUUGGGAUGUCAUUGGUGUCAUCAACGGAACGAGCGACGACAAAGUCGUUGUCAUAGGAACCCAUCGCGACGCCGGCGUCAUUGGAGGAGCAGCUGAUCCCAACUCCGGAGGAGUUAUUCUUAUCGAGCUUGCCAAUGUUUUGAUUCCAGAUCAGUGGGCGUACCAAGAGGUGAGCAGGCAACACAAUGUAUUGAUUCUGGUGACGGCUGCCAUCCUAAGUACGUUGGGAUGGCUGGUUUUAUACUGGCCCCCUGCCAAGCCCGCACAGAUAUCACAGUUGGAUCAAUAUACCUGUGAUUAA